UCGUCCUGCGGCGUCAGCAGACCUCGGCUCAGCUCGGAGCGGCGACGGACUGGAUGGUCAAAACCCGUUAAUGACUGGACGUUUUUCUGGGGACCGGCUGUAUGAUCAAGCUACAAUCUUCAAUGAGUAAGCAUAUCCCACAGUUCUGUGGUGUUCUGGGUCACACAUUUAUGGAGUUUCUGAAGGGCAGUGGAGACUACUGCCAGGCUCAGCACGCUGCGUAUGCAGACAAGUGAACAGCCAAACUUGCCAUUGAUCUGACGCACUUGAGCCACAGGAAGGACCCCGGAGCGUUGGCAGGACCGGGGCGCCUCCCAGAACCAGCGGUAACUCGGCCUGGAUGGGGUAACUUCACCUGCUGCACACUGCCCUCGUCGGCUUCCUCCUGGCCACAAUCAAGGUGGAACCAGCCUUUUUUACUUCCUUUUCUUUUCUUUUAUCCCCAAGGAGAGGGUUUUCAGUUGCUUUCCUAAUCGGUUGACCUUUUUUCGGCAGCGAGCUCCCCGAGCCUACUCGCCGUCUUUUGGUUUGUGUUUGAUUGUCGUUGGUUUUUUCUCUCCCCCAUAUCAUUUUUUUUUCACCUUCCCAACCUCAAGAAUAUCGGAGGAUUUUUGUUUUUCGGCUGCACGAAGCUCACUGAACAUUUGUGUUUGACAUUCCCUCCGAGUAUAACUGUUUACAAAGUAUUUUUACUCUGUGGAGUACAUCUUGGUUUUGUUUUUGCAUUUUUGUUUUAACGUUGUCAAAAUGGCUCGAAUGAACAGACCCGCCCCUGUUGAGAUCACCUACAAAAAUAUGAGGUUCCUCAUUACCCACAAUCCCACCAACGCCACCCUGAACAAGUUCAUCGAGGAGCUGAAGAAGUACGGAGUCACCACCUUAGUGAGAGUUUGUGAGGCCACCUAUGACGCCACGCUGGUAGUGAAGGAGGGAAUCCAGGUCCUGGAUUGGCCGUUCGACGACGGCGCUCCUCCCUCCAACCAGAUCGUGGAUGAUUGGCUGAACCUGCUGAAGCUGAAGUUCAGGGAGGAGCCGGGCUGCUGCAUCGCUGUCCACUGUGUGGCGGGCCUUGGGAGAGCUCCUGUUCUGGUGGCGCUUGCAUUGAUCGAGUGUGGGAUGAAGUAUGAAGAUGCUGUCCAGUUCAUUCGACAGAAACGUCGAGGAGCGUUCAACAGCAAACAGCUGUUCUACCUGGAGAAAUAUCGUCCAAAGAUGCGCCUGCGCUUCAAAGAUUCCAACGGCCAUCGCAAUAACUGCUGCAUCCAGUAGAGCCAAACCCCUCGCCGCGCCAGCGCCCCUCACUACAGACGAGCUCAACUCAACCUCGCAAGUUUAUCACCUGGCAGGCUUGUUUUUUCUUGUUUUUCUUUUGUUGGUGUAUGUUUUAAUUCUUCUUUCUUUCUUUAACAUGUCAACUUUACUUUAGAAAACCAAGCAACCCUCCUCCCCCCCCCUACCAGGCUCAAAUCAACCGUCAAAGUUACAGAAACAUGUGUGACCCACAUUUUCUCUUCAGAUCCCAAACAAGAGGGAAUAAAGCAGACUAAGAGCGGGCCAUGCUGGAUUGUGUAUAGCUGUCAGUGUUGGCUUAAUUGUUGUCUGCAAGUGCGUCCCUAAGGUUCUGAUCGGCCCCUGCAUAUACAUUGAAAAUAAGCAUUACAGGAAACAAGAAAACAAAAAUAUUAAUAUUUUCGCAGUUAUUUGUAUUCUAUUCAAGUUUAAAUUUCUGUUCGAGUGACUAGAAAGUGGUAUGCCUUCCUUCAAAUCAAAUAGAUCAUCCAUAAAUGCCUUACAAUCGAGUGGAACCAAGGCAAUCGAGGCAGGAGUCGACUCCCGCCGGUAUUUCGAAAAGGUGUUUCAUUUUUCUACUUGGAACAAAAAAAAACCUAAACUGUUGCCUUCGUCUUGAGCAGGAAGUCUUAGACACACUUAUGCCCUUUCAGUAACUAUUUUUACUAUAAAUUGCUUGUUGCAAUAUUUGUCAAUUGAAAGUCUAGAAAUGUGUUUUCUUUAUCAAGCUUUCUGUUUACUAAUUAAACUGCCAUGUUAAAAUGUGAUCUUUUACGUUCCACUUUUAUUUCUUUUGUUUUUGCUUCAAACUGGACUUCCAACGUCAGCGAUAUUUUGUAUGCCUUUUUAUUUGAUGUCUGUAACUUAAGACUUGGAUACUUGAUGAUUUUAUGUAUUUGAAAAUGUGUACUAUUAUUAUUAGGUUGGCUAUUUAUACUAUCAAUGGAUGUUUGAAUUAGUACAGUGAGCGAUUAAAGUUGUACCUGUUCACCAACUUGUUAGAGUACAUUAAAUGAAACACUGAAAAGCAACAAAAGAAACUGUCAUUG